GAACGAAAAAGCUGGUCAUGGAGAGUCUACGUGAUGACUUUGAUACAAAUAGAGCAAUGGGAGCCAUAUUGAAUUUGGUGCAUAACUGUCAUGGUCAGCUGAACAGGAGAUCAAAGGACACUAACAUUGUCAGAAGUCCCGAUGUCAUGGCUGUCAUCGCGAUAUAUGUAAAAAAAGUCUUGAAAUCAUUAGGAGUAGAGCUCUCAACAAGGCAGGAAUACAUGAAGGAUGACCAUUCUUAUGUCAUAUCACAAGUCAUGGAUACGGUGACGGAUUUUAGGAAGAAAAUUAGAAACUUUGCAUUGUGUAAGACGCCAAGCGAAACCUAUGCUGCUCCUCAUGAUAAAAUUAUGGACAAAAAUAAAAAAAAAGAAAGGCAAGUUUUAUUGAAGGCAUGUGAUGAAAUGAGAGAUAAAUUGUCACCAAUUGGUAUCCAACUCAAGGAUCAUGGUGAUGAAUCUACUUGGGCAUAUACAGAGAACAAAGAUACAAGAUGAUGAUGUAUUAUGCAUUCCUAUUGGCUGAACUUCUACAAACACCUGGAAUUCUUCUGCCAUUGUCCAAUCAGUGAGCUGGUUUUGGAAUCCACCUUAUUUUUGAUACAACACUGCUUUAUUAUGGUGUCAGCAGGAAAGGACUCCUAAUGCUGUAUUUCAGAACUUGGCUGAUGGACCAAUCAUUUUGAGAAAAUGAAUCAAUAGGAUCAAUUAAAUUACUUGUACUAUAAAUUGAUCCCCACUCAUUCUAAAUGAUUGGUUAAUACAUAUUUAAAUCAUAGCUUUCAAAUACUCUUGAAGGCUAGAAUGACAAACCCGGGAAUCUGAAUAAUAUCUUGCAUCUAGGGGCUCUGCAGUUGGAAAUUGUUUUCCUACACAAUAAAAAAAAAACAUCUUC